AUGACUGGCUAUAUUGGAGGGGACCCGUAUGCAUCUCCCACGUUUGGAAAAUCCCUAUCUCUUCGAGUGGACGGUGGUUUUAAUGCCGUGUCAAUAAACCCAUCAGGCCGAGAUGUUGUAUUAGCAAGUAGGAAAGGUUUAUAUAUAGUAGAUUUGGACGAUCCUUUCUCUGAACCACGGUGGUUACAUCACAUUACUUCAUGGGAAGUUGCGGAUGUGCAAUGGUGUCCUCAUCCGGCAAAGCAUCAUUGGGUUAUAUCUACAUCAAAUCAGAAAGCCAUAGUUUGGAAUUUAUCGAGAAGUUCGUCGAAGGCUGUUGAGCAUGUGUUACAUGGCCAUUUCAGGGCCAUUACAGAUAUCAAUUUCCAUCCAUUGCAGCCAGAGAUAUUGGCUACAAGUUCUAUUGACACAUAUGCUUUGGCUUGGGAUAUGAGAAGUCCUAAGAAACCUUACUAUCGAACCAGCAAUUGGCGAUCGGGAGCAGCACAAGUUAAAUGGAACCACAAGAACUCCAAUGUUUUGGCAACAUCGCAUUCUAACAUACUGUACAUAUGGGAUGUUAGGAAAGGAACUACACCUUUAUCCGUUUUAAAGGGUCACGAGGGCAGCAUCAACAGUAUUGAUUUUAACCCAUUUAACGAAUCAGAGAUAAUGUCCAGCGGGAACGACGCAAGCGUAAGGUUCUGGGACUAUAAUAAUGUAGGGCAUGAGUUACAAAGGACAAUUACUACGGAUUUCCCGGUGUGGAGAGGAAGAUAUUUACCUUUUGGAGAUGGUUAUUGUAUAAUGCCUAUGUCUGGUGGAAAUAACUCAGUGUACCUUGCUAGUGCUUUACACGAUCCAAUAGAUUCAGAACCUCAAACCUCUAAAUUACAAGCGACAUAUGUAUUCAAGGGUCAUACAGAUAGGGUAACAGAUUUCUUAUGGAGAUCAAGACAUAGUUAUAAUACUACAGUCGAUGAUAGGGAGUUUCAAUUAGUCACUUGGUCUAAAGAUUGUGAUUUAAAGCUUUGGCCCGUUCCAGAAAUGAUUUAUGAGAAAGUACAUUACGAAUGCGGAAGAGAACUGAGCUCUAAACUUCCAAACUAUAAUUAUGAGAGUUUCAGGAACGAACCAGAAAGUCAAUUAUUUGAUUCAAACUACAAAAAUGUAGAGGUUCCAAGGGAGACAUUUGUCACAAAAUCCGGUCUGAGCCAAUGGAAAGCUAAGAAUAAGAUAGAUCAGCUCCAAUGGAUUUCUGGUGUUAGAAUGCACAACACGGAAUCACCACAUGACUUUUUUGAAGAUACGAGGUUAAAUAACCUUGGAGAAGAGGUGACCGCGGUUGGACACAAAUUCCCCAGAAUUGUAUUUGAAAAGAUAUCAGUGUCUACAGGAGAGUUAGUGCUUACUUUAAAUGGUCCAUGGGUUGAAGAUGAUCCAGAGAGAUAUAUCUUUAUGCGCAUUGUCAUAAACUUCCCGCCAGAUUACCCGAUGAAGGGAAAUGAGCCAGUAUUUAAAAUUGAAGAGAAUAGGGACUUAAACGAACAUAAGAGAGCUGAAAUAAUGGAUCACUUGAAAGAAAUAACAAAAAAAUAUGUAAACUCAAAUCGGUACUGCCUUGAGCCUUGUUUACAAUACCUCCUUGGAGAGAGAGUGAAUCUUGAUAUAUCAGAUUCUGAAGAUGACAACAAGAUAUUCAGCUUUGAAUUUGAAGACAUUACCUCUGUUGAGCACUCGACUAUUGAGUCAUCAGAGGACGAAAGUGUAGAUGGAACAGAUAUGUCUUCAGUUUCAAAUGAUGAUUUUGCGGAACGGGAAGAAGGUUCUUUACAUCUAUAUUCUAGUGUUUCAGAAGGAAAAUUUGACAGUACCCCGGUCCCUAACGGGUGCGGUGCUGUCUGGACUGCCCAAGGUACAUUAGUUUGUUUCUUUAGAACUGAGAGUAAAGUCGAGAGGAAGCAGCACAAUAUUUUAGAUGUAGGAAGAACUGGUAUAGGAGGCUUUAUGAAAUCGAAAAACAUUCAUGUGGGAGCUUCCCAAACGCUGAAAGAAAUGGACACUACAACGGAAAACAAACCGAAGACAUACCGUGAAACGCUCUCAGUCAAUUCAUUACAUCGUACUGAGUCAAAUCAAUCUUCUGGAUCGGAUUCAGAGGACAGUGAUGACAGCUACGCUGAUUUCCUACAUGAUAUAUUGAAGAAUGAUAUAACGCUUCGCACCAAAAUGCCUGCCAUUCCACAAAUGUUUCAUGAUGAGAUGAGGUCAUCAACGAGUACUUCGGGUAAAACUAAUGACUCCAAUAAGCGCUCCAAAUCAUCAAUAACCAUACAAGACUUCAGUCACUUGGUUCCCGAUAAAAGAGAGCUUGCAAAGGAAUAUAUCUUAUUCGGUGAGUCUCCAGAAAGCGUAGCAAAAUAUAAUGCCGGAAUUGCUGAAAAGUACGGUUAUGAAGAUAUUGCCCAGUGUUGGAGAAUGAUAUCCAAUAUUUUGAUAGGAAGAGGUGACAGUAAUUUCUACAACUACUCCUGGGAUCAACAUACAUUAGGUGGAACGCUCCUAGUCAAGAGAUUAUUUGAGUAUUUUGAAAAAUGUCAGAAUCUCCAAAUGCUAGCAAUGAUGAGUUGUAUCUUCGUCAAACUAGGGAGACCAGAUGAUAAUAGGACUGCUAGACCAGCACAACCUCAAACUUUAUCUGAGAAUAUUAUCAGUUUCUAUAAUAAUGAGUAUGAGUCGUCUCCCCAUGUUCAUUCUAACCAUGGUUCGUUUUACUCUAACGAUAUGAAUACACAGAAUGCUCGGUUAAGAUAUGGCAGCACUCAAGCACCAUCAAUAAAUGAUGGGUCAUCGAUAAUUUCAGAAGACUAUUUCCAUCAAAACCAUCACUCAAAUGGUAAUAAGAAUGGGAAAAACCAUACCAACACAACAGGAUAUGCAGACGCAGAUUCUGUUCUACCGGAUAUCAAAAUAAAACUUAUCCACGAUGAAGUUUUGGAUUUGGCUUUCGAAGGACAGGAACCUUCAUUAGUUGAUGCCAAAGAUGAGAGCAAGUUCAGGAACUAUCGCACUCAGUACGCAGAGAUGCUUUAUAUUUGGGGUCUGCCGAUGGAUCGUGCUGAGCUGUUGAAAUUCAAUGUGAACUUAAACACAGAAUUAGACUAUUUGCACGCUAUCGAACAUGACGCAGGGUUGGACAUCUAUAAGGGCGUUUCUAACCAAUGGAUCGAGUCUGAUGAAUACCCUCUUUCUAGAAACUGUUGCUACUGCAACCUAAAAGUAGACAGACUGGUCUUCGUUUGUGGGAAUUGUCAGCACGUGACACACAGACUAUGCGCCUUAAAAUGGUGGAAGAUAGAUGAUGAAUGCCCUUCUGGCUGUGGAUGUCAUUGUAUAGAUAAUUUCGAUGUAAGUGAGACCCUUAGUUAG